ACUCAUAGUUGAGUUUCAGCGAUUUCCGUCACAUAGGGCAGGUGCCUGCUUUCUAUCCCCAAUACCGUAAUCGGUCUUAAACACAGGCAGGCUACAAGAAGACAUGGUUGCCCGAAAGUGGUGGUUUCUUGAUAUCAAGGAUUUCUUCAUGAUUUUUGUCUGACAUUACGCGCCGAUCUACAUCCUUGUCUGCGCAACACACCUGGCAACUGUGACGCAACUGGUGCACCUGCCUGAUUGCUUUUCCUGGCAACUUCCUCAGCAGACUCUGAUGCCAAAGAAGGUGCAAGAGAAGGAAGUCACUUUGCAGACUCAUUUUCGGACUUGUGUUCCUUCGCAUAAACCAUGGAAACCCCACCCAAUGAGUUCGAAACCGAUGAAGAGCGGUAUCUCCCAGUCAAGCCUCCACCUCAGCCUCCUAGACCUUCCCGUAUGGCUUCAGAUAUUUCCUUGAAAGAACGUCUUUCAGGAAUGCGCUUCGAGACGUAUCCCUUCGACGUCUUCUACUCCUCGCUAGGAAAUGCCCUCAUGACACAGAUGAGAGGUCGCAGAAAGGACCGCCGCCUAGUGCAGCAUGACAUUGCGCGCUGGGUUGAAAAGUUCAUCAGCAGUCCAAACCCACGUGUCAUACGUUGGCGCAGCGUCAUCGCCAACCUCAGCCGCAACGUCGGCGACUUCCACAAGCUCCCUUUAUGCUUCGCCCACCCGUUUCUCACAGGAGAGACUAUUAUUGUCAACUCGAAUUUCACGAAAGAUGACGAGGGUCGCUACCGCGUUGACGUUGUGAGAGAGUUUGACAUGGCUGAGCGUCACUUCUGGGCAUCUGUCUUUGGAUCGUUGGAUAAAGCUUCCAAGGCGGAGGCCACAGGAAACAUCAGCCUCAUCCAGGACGCUUUUCGCCUCAGCACCCUGCUAAACUAUUUCCCUCUCGAUGCCGACGACGAGCCACAACCACCAUCGCGUCUUCUGGUCGAGAACUUACCAUUCUUCUUAAGCUAUCGCAUUCCUCAAGUGCGUGGCCCGCAGGACGUUGCUUUUGACGACGAGUUGGAGGAGAGGAUUGAAAAUUGGCUUUGCAAGCCCACAGCGAAUGGAACCAUGAAGGAGUGGAAUACCCCUCGAAGACAGGCAAACCAGCUUCGCAGGACUGCAAAAGCCGCAAUAACUGGGCCGACCAAGCCUCUCAAGGUUAUUAAGGCUGUUAAGCAAAAAAGGACACCAGAAUAUCAUGAGUGAAAAAGAGGAAGAACACCUUUCAGAUUGUUGUUCGCCAAGGCGAUUGAGCGGAGACCUUGCGUUGAUUAAGCGGCGUCUUAUUUUCUACUGUUUCUAUAGAGAACGUUGAUAGCCCUCUUUAACCGCCGGGCCGGACCCAAAGUUGGCGGGAUUCCGGUUGA